AAAACUUUUGGAAGUCAACAAAAUUAUCAGUACCUUCGAAUUUUAAUUUUUUUAUUUUUAUUUUACAAAUACUAUUUUCGUUGAAAUACCAAUCCUGUUUUUCGAACACCAAGCACUCAUGUGUUGACCAAAAUAUUGUUUAUUUCAGAAGAAGAAAUGAAGUUAGACUGGGCGCCUUCUGUAUACCGAAGACUUCAUGGAGUAUUCUGUGUUUAUAAACCUGAAAAUGUUACAAUGCAGAGAUUAUUUGAUACCCUGAAAUUUAAUAUUUCAAAUGCUCUAAAUGAAUUACCUUGUUAUAAGCAUGAGAUGAGAACGCAAGAAAUUUCUUUUGAAACUGGAUCCACUUUACCAGCUACUGUAACAAAACCUGUUGGUUUGACUGAUCUCACAGAUCACAGACUUGUUUUGGGUCCUAGAUACAUCGAAUCAGAUAUACCUUUAAAAUACCUUAAUGGUUUGGGAAGAUAUUCUUCAGGAGUAACAGUUAUAGGAAUUCAGAAAGGCAUUAACACAAUUAAUACCUUAAAGAGCUGUCAAUUUCUACGUGUAUAUCAUGUCAAAGGCCAGUUUGGGAAAGUCACCGAAGACUUUUCAGCACGUGGACGCCUUCUUCAGAAAAUCUCUUAUUAUCAUAUCAAGAGGUCAAUGUUGGACAAAGUUUGUGCUGCCGCUCAAGCUCAACAUCAGAGGCAGAUGUUUAUAUAUGCAAAAGUAGAUUUACAGAGUCAAGAAGCUUAUGAGAUAGCAUCUAAAGGAUUAGUGCGGCCAGCACAAGAAUAUACUCCUACAAUUCUUUAUGGAAUCAAGUGUAUUGAUUUCCAACCUCCAGAUUUCACUUUAGAAAUUCACACCCUACAGGAAAAAACAACGUAUCUGAUGUCACUAAUACAUAAUAUUGGCUUACAGUUGAAAUCUGGUGCCAUAUGCACCCAAAUACGUUGCAUUCGCAAUGGUCAUUUUACCUUAGAACAUGCUCUGCUUCGGAAAUUUUGGACUGUUCCUGACAUACUAGAAAACAUUAGUAUUUGUCGAAAAUUAACGACACCUGACAAGUUGAUUACUCCUUCAUUACUUGUUGAUCCGACUACAGAAGAAAACAACAAUUCUUACCUGCCAGAACCUGAUGCGGUAAAAACUUAAAGAGAAAUAAUAAAUUUGUAUAUAUAUAUUUAUAACAUUUUUCAA